AUGAUUUGGUAUGUGGCCACUUUGAUAGCAAGUGUGAUCAGCGCCCGAGGUCUUGCGGCUCAAGGUGCCCACGGCCUGCGAGAGGAGCCCGAGUUCGUGACCGCGAGGGCCGGCGAGAGCGUGGUCCUGCGAUGCGACGUGGUCCACCCGGUGACGGGGCAGCCCCCGCCCUAUGUCGUCGAGUGGUUCAAGUUCGGGGUGCCCAUCCCCAUCUUCAUCAAGUUUGGCUACUACCCGCCCCAUGUGGACCCUGAGUAUGCAGGCCGCGCGAGCCUCCACGACAAGGCGUCCCUGCGGCUGGAGCAGCUGCGCGCCGAGGACCAGGGCUGGUACGAGUGCAAGGUGCUCCUGCUGGACCAGCAAUACGACACCUUCCACAACGGCAGCUGGGUGCACCUCACCAUCCACGCUCCUCCCACCUUUACAGAAACACCCCCCCAGUACAUCGAGGCCAAGGAGGGCAGCAGUGUCACCAUGACCUGCACAGCUUUUGGGAACCCUAAGCCCAUUGUCACCUGGCUGAAGGAGGGGACGCUGCUAGGCGCCAGCGGCAAGUACCAGGUGAGUGACGGCAGCCUGACGGUGACAUCGGUCAGUCGGGAGGACAGAGGUGCCUACACCUGUCGCGCGUACAGCAUCCAGGGGGAGGCCAUCCACACCACCCACCUGCUCGUCCAAGGGCCUCCCUUCAUCGUCUCCCCUCCUGAGAACAUCACUGUCAACAUAUCCCAGGAUGCUCUGCUCACCUGCCGGGCAGAGGCCUAUCCCGGCAACCUCACCUACACCUGGUACUGGCAGGACGAGAAUGUCUACUUCCAGAACGACCUGAAGCUGAGGGUGCGGAUCCUGAUCGAUGGGACCCUGAUCAUCUUCCGGGUGAAGCCUGAGGACGCGGGGAAGUACACCUGCGUCCCCAGCAACAGCCUGGGACGCUCGCCCUCGGCCUCGGCGUACCUGACCGUGCAGUACCCAGCCCGCGUCCUCAACAUGCCCCCCGUGAUCUACGUGCCUGUGGGAAUUCACGGCUACAUCCGCUGCCCCGUGGACGCAGAGCCACCGGCCACCGUGGUCAAGUGGAACAAGGACGGCCGCCCCCUGCAGGUUGAGAAGAACCUGGGCUGGACGCUGCUGGAGGACGGCUCCAUCCGAAUCGAGGAGGCCACAGAGGAGGCCAUUGGCACUUACACCUGCGUGCCUUACAACACCCUGGGGACCAUGGGCCAGUCUUCCCCCGCGAGGCUCGUCCUGAAGGACCCCCCGUACUUUACGGUGCUACCAGGCUGGGAGUACAGGCAAGAGGCCGGCCGGGAGCUGCUCAUCCCCUGCGCCGCCGCCGGGGACCCCUUCCCCGUCAUCACGUGGAGGAAGGUAGGGAAGCCCAGCAGAAGCAAGCACAACGCCCUGCCCGGCGGGAGCCUGCAGUUCCGCGCCCUGAGCAAGGAGGACCACGGGGAGUGGGAGUGCGUCGCCACCAAUGUGGUCACCAGCAUCACUGCCAGCACCCACCUGACUGUCAUCGGCACCAGCCCCCAUUCCCCGGGCAGUGUCCGGGUCCAGGUCUCCAUGACAACUGCCAACGUGUCCUGGGAGCCAGGCUACGAUGGAGGAUUUGAGCAGACAUUCUCUGUUUGGAUGAAGCGGGCACAGUUCGGGCCCCACGACUGGCUGUCCCUGCCUGUGCCUCCGGGACCCAGCUGGCUGCUGGUGGAGGCCCUGGAGCCCGAGACAGCAUACCAGUUCAGCGUCCUGGCCCAGAACAAGCUGGGCACCAGCGCCUUCAGUGAACUGGUCACUGUGAACACUUUAGCAUUCCCUGUCACAACUCCAGAACCCCUGGUGCUGGUUACCCCACCGAGGUGCCUCACAGCCAACCGGACCCAGCAGGGUGUGCUCCUGUCCUGGCUCCCACCUGCCAACCACAGCUUCCCCAUCGACCGCUACAUCCUGGAGUUCCGCGUCGGAGAGCGCUGGGAGACGCUGGAUGACGCCAUACCCGGCACUGAUGGGGACUUCUUUGCCAGGGACCUGUCCCAGGACACGUGGUACGAGUUCCGGGUCCUGGCUGUCAUGCAGGAUCUGAUCAGCGAGCCCAGCAACAUCGCCGGCGUCUCCAGCACAGACAUCUUCCCGCAGCCGGACCUGACCGAGGAUGGCCUGGCUCGGCCGGUACUGGCUGGAAUCGUGGCCACCAUAUGCUUCCUGGCUGCGGCCAUCCUGUUCAGCACCCUGGCUGCCUGCUUUGUCAACAAGCAGCGCAAGCGGAAGCUCAAGCGCAAGAAAGACCCUCCACUCUCCAUCACGCACUGCAGGAAGAGCCUGGAGUCUCCCUUGUCCUCCGGCAAGGUCAGCCCCGAGAGCAUCCGCACGCUCCGCGCCCCGUCCGAGUCCUCCGACGACCAGGGCCAGCCGGCGGCCAAGAGGAUGCUGAGCCCCGUGCGGGAGAAGGAGCUGUCCUUGUACAAGAAGACCAAGAGGGCCAUCAGCAGCAAGAAGUACAGCGUGGCCAAGGCGGAGGCCGAGGCGGAGGCCACCACGCCCAUCGAGCUCAUCAGCAGGGGCCCCGACGGCCGCUUCGUGAUGGACCCCUCCGAGGCGGAGCCCUCUGCUAAGGCUCGGCGCAUCGAGGGCUUCCCCUUUGCGGAGGAGACCGACAUGUACCCUGAGUUCCGCCAGUCGGACGAGGAGAAUGAAGACCCGCUGGUGCCCGCGUCUGUGGCCGCCCUCAAGUCCCAGCUGACCCCUCUGUCAUCCAGCCAGGAGUCCUACCUGCCACCACCAGCAUACAGCCCUCGGUUCCAGCCCCGCAGCCUGGAGGGCCCCGGCGGCCUGGAGGGCCGGCUCCAGGCCACUGGCCAAGCCAGGCCGCCCGCCCCCCGGCCCUUCCACCACGGCCAGUAUUACGGGUACCUCAGCAGCAGCAGCCCUGGGGAGGUGGAGCCGCCCCCCUUCUACAUGCCGGAGGUGGGCAGCCCCCUGAGCUCUGUCAUGUCCUCGCCGCCUCUGCACGCCGAGGGGCCUUUCGGCCACGCCACCAUCCCCGAGGAGAACGGAGAGAACGCUUCCAACAGUACGCUGCCCUUGACUCAGACGCCCACCGGCGGGCGCUCCCCAGAGCCCUGGGGCCGGCCGGAGUUCCCCUUUGGGGGACUGGAGACCCCGGCCGUGAUGUUCCCCCACCAGCUGCACCCGUGUGAUGUGGCCGAGAGUCUGCAGCCUGCGGCCGGCCUCCCCCGAGGACUGCCGCCCGCCUCCCUGCAGGUGCCCGCAGCCUACCCGGGCAUCCUGUCUUUGGAGGCGCCCACGGGCUGGGCUGGCAAGGCGCCGGGCAGAGGCCCUGCCCCAGUGCCCCCCGCCGCCAAGUGGCAGGACAGGCCUGUGCAACCUCUGGUGAGCCAAGGGCAGCUGAGACACACCAGCCAAGGCAUGGGCAUACCCGUGUUGCCUUACCCCGAGCCAGCCGAGCCGGGGGCGCACGGCGGCCGCAGCACGCUGGGCCUGGACACCCCGUGGUACGAGCCUCAGCCCCGGGCCCGGCCCAGCCCCCGGCAGGCCAGGCGCACCGAGCCCAGUUUACAUCAAGUGGUGCUACAGCCCUCCCGGCUCUCGCCUCUGACCCAGAGCCCCCUCGGCUCGCGAACCAGCUCCCCCGAGCUCGCCGCGCGGGCCCGGCCGCGCCCCGGCCUCCUGCAGCCCGCCGAGGCGUCGGAGAGCGCCCUGCAGCCGCCGGCUGCCGUCAGCUUCUCGCGCAAGUCCACGCCGUCCACGGGCUCCCCGUCCCAGAGCAGCCGCAGCGGCAGCCCCAGCUACCGGCCCACGGUGGGCUUCACCACUCUGGCCACGGGCUACCCCUCCCCUCCGCCGGGCCCCGCGGGGCCUGUGGACCACUUGGAUGUAUUUGGACAGACGCCUUCCCCUCGGAGGGCGGGGGAGGAGCUGCUCAGACCGGAGCCCCCCCCGCCGCCGUUACCUGCUGCAGGGACACAUCCACCUGCGCCUGGGAAUGCUGCUGUACCUGAGAGGCUGGAGGCUCUGAAAUACCAACGGAUAAAGAAGCCCAAAAAGUCAUCCAAGGGCUCCUCGAAGUCAAAGAAACGAUCCGAUGGUUCUGCCUCCCAGGCUCAGAACCUUCCAAACUCUCAGGUCCUGUGGCCCGAUGAAGCUGUCUGCCUCCGGAGGAAGAAGAGACACUCCCGGCCCGACCCCUUUGCCCGCCUCUCAGACUUGUGCCACCGCCAGCUUCCGGAAGACCAGACGGCAAUUCUCAGCAGCGUGGAGCACGAUGACCCCAGCCACGCCACUUUGCUGUGA